AUGCCACGCAAGGAGCAACGCAACCGCCAUCAUCCGAAGCAACGAUCGCUUACAGCCCAGCCUGCGCCAACUGCUCCGUCGGGCCGCGACCACCCCGAGUCGCCACCACCACUGACGCCCAUCCAACGGCGACCUCACCCAGCGAUGGACGCCCAGAUCGCACCACUGCCGCCGGCAGCCACUGGUCAGCGAUCCCGCCCGGCUGCAAAGCCGACCAGUGCUGGGUCACCACCGCCGUUGGCCCCGAUCCGUCGGCCAAUCACCGUCGACGAUGACGGAACAUCGCCGCUAGCCGCAGUGGAUCUGCCGAUCCAGCCAGCUACGACGAUCAGCACGGAACCACCCGCUGCCGUCCCGCUGGAGCCAACGCCGCUGGUGGAAGCUGCCACCGGAUCCCCAUCCUCGCCGAGGAUCAGCCUGACCUGGUGCGAGGGAUUAUCCUUAAAGGAUAUGAUGGCCGCGAUCCUGGCCGAGGACGGGGCCCCGACACCGUUCUGCCUGGGCGACUUCCAGGCAGAGGCGACGCUACCCGGACGGGGCAGAAACCCAAGCCCGCCUGCCACCGGGGCUCCCGAUGAGUCGAUGGCCGCGCUAAGAAUCUCCGACCUGGCCACCCCUCUCGCCAACAACGGGCUCAUGGUCAUCACUCUGGCUCCCGACGAGCCCAUGACCGCCGCUUUGGCUCCCGACGAGUCCAUGACCACCGCUUUGGCUCCCGACGAGCCCAUGACCACCGCUUUGGCUCCCGACGAGUCCAUGACCACCGCUUUGGCUCCCGACGAGCCCAUGACCACCGCUUUGGCUCCCGACGAGCCCAUGACCGCCGCUUUGGCUCCCGACGAGUCCAUGACCACCGCUUUGGCUCCCGACGAGCCCAUGAUCACCGCUUUGGAGCUGAUGGCCGCCUUGGCCAACCACGAGCGCCCGGCCGCCUUGGCCAGCCACGAGCCUCCGGCCGCCUCGCCGACUGUCGAGCCGAUGGUCGCCCGACAUCCGCCCGUAGCCGUUCCCGGAACCCUGGGAGCGGUCUACGAAGACAUCUCCGAAGAUGAGAUCAUGGAGCUAAGCUCCGGCGAAGACGAGGAGCCGGACCCAGCGCAGGACGCCAUCCUCAUCUCCGACGAGGAGGACAACGCCGGGGAGACCACGGCCAACCCACGGGACAAUCCCAACGGGAACAUUGCCCGCCUCAUGGGCGCAUCAACGGCCGCGGCAGCAGCCACCGGGACCACCAACGCGACGCCCCUCGGGGACGCGAGAGUCACCGGAAUCGCUGCCGGCGGACCGCCCCGUCACCCUGGAAACCACCCUUGCCAGGGCUGGGGGCAGCAGCCAUGGACACCACAGCAUCAGUGUCACUACCGGCCAGAACAACUGCAUGGCCGCCACCGCUAG